AUGGCCCUGAGCCCGGAGCCCGCGAGCAGGUCCCCCAUCCUGGCUGCGAGGGGCGGUCCCACGGCCGAGCCACCCGGCAGCCUAAACGCGUCCCUGAACAGCUCGUGGGCCAGCUCCGCGGGGCCCAGCUCCCUGGAGGACCAGGUGGCCACAGGCGCUCUUGGGGUGGUGCUCCUGGCCAUUGGCACGGUGGGCGUGGCGGGCAACGUGUACGUCCUGGUGGUCCUGGGCCGCUUCCCCCGCGCCUCGGCCUCUCUGCGCGUCUACGUGGUCAGCCUGGCGCUGGCCGACCUGCUCUACCUGCUCAGCGUCCCCUUCGUGGUGGCCACCUACGUCUCCCGCGAGUGGCACUUCGGGGACGCGGGCUGCCGCGUGCUGCCCAGCCUGGACCUGCUGACCAUGCACGCCAGCAGCUUCACGCUGGCCCUCCUGAGUGGCGAGCGCUGCGCAGCCGUGCUGAGGCCGCUGGACGCGGCACGCAGGCCCGGGCGCUACCGCAAGGCCCUGGCACUGGGCGCGUGGCUGCUGGCGCUGCUGCUGGCGCUGCCCAUGGCCCUGGCCGUGCGGCUGGUGCCCAGGGGCGGCAAGGGCGUCUGCCGGCCGGCCUGGGGCCCGCGCACCCACCGCGCCUACCUGACGCUGCUCUUCGGCACCAGCAUGGUGGGCCCCGGCCUGGCCAUCGGGCUGCUGCACGCGCGCCUGGCCCGGGCCUACUGGCGGGCGCAGCGGGCCUCCUUCCCGCGGGCGCGGCGGCUGCCCGCCCCCCGGGUGCUGCGCCUCGUCCUGGCCAUCGUGCUGCUCUUCUGGGCCUGCUUCCUGCCCUUCUGGACGUGGCAGCUGCUGGCGCAGUACCGCGGGGUCCCGCUCCCGGCCCGCGGCGCCCGCCUCGCCAACUACCUGACCACCUGCCUCACCUACGGCAACAGCUGCCUCAACCCCUUCCUCUACACGCUGCUCACCAGGCACUUCCGGGACUUCCGCCGGCGCCGCCCGGGCCGGGUCUGCACCUGAGCUCCGGGUGCGGGUGGGGUGGCCAUGGCCCCUCGCAGCCCCAUCCCUGCCGACAGCC